CGAGUUUCCAUUAUGUCUACGUAUAACCAAAGGUUCCGAUUCCUUUUCGGAUGUGAGUGGCGUAGUUGAAGAGUUACAUCUGUCACUGAUUUCAACAUGCAGAUUUUCGUAAAAACACUCACUGGGAAAACCAUCACCCUAGAGGUUGAGGCAUCAGAUACCAUUGAAAAUGUUAAAGCCAAAAUUCAAGAUAAAGAAGGCAUUCCACCAGAUCAGCAAAGAUUAAUUUUUGCUGGAAAACAGCUAGAAGAUGGUCGAACCCUUUCAGAUUAUAAUAUUCAGAAAGAAUCUACUUUGCAUUUGGUCUUACGUCUACGAGGUGGAGCUAAGAAACGCAAGAAGAAGAACUACUCGACUCCUAAAAAGAUCAAGCACAAGAAGAAGAAGGUCAAGCUUGCUGUACUCAAAUUUUACAAGGUGGAUGAAAAUGGAAAAAUUCAUCGACUAAGGCGAGAAUGUCCCAUGGAACAGUGUGGCGCAGGUGUUUUUAUGGCAGCAAUGGAAGAUCGUCAUUAUUGCGGCAAAUGCUGUUACACGCUUGUAUUUAACAAGCCCGAAGACAAAUGAACUGAAAGCUUGUAUCUUCACUUAAAUAAAAAGAUUUUAUAAAUAUAAA